AUGAAAAGCGUGUUGGUCCUCAUCGCCCUCGCUAACGCCUUGGUGACGGCACCGACGUCUGUGUCGGCGUUCUCAUUCUCGUCAUUGUUCGACAGCGGGGACUCGAAAUCCUCUGGAAAUUCGACAGCAGGCCAGAGCGACAAAGCUGCGACUGGGAGCGAAGACGCCGACCUGUCCGAUGGAACCGACAUCAAGCCCCGUCAGCCGCUUCUGGACCCGGAGGACGGGUUCCUCACCGAGCAGGAGAUCACCGACUCCCGUGGUGGCAUCCCUCGUGACGACAUGUCGGUCUACACAACAGGCAACAAGGUGACGUCGUACACAGUGGCCAAUGAAUUCUACGACGCCGUCUACGAGGACCUCAGCACGACCAAGGAAGGAGACCGAGUCCUGCUGGCAGCGUGGCUUGCAGCUCUCGUUCCUCUCAAGCCGGACGUGGACCCUACAGGAAAGAAGACCGGCGUGAAGGAGGUCUUUGCGGGCGUCGUGGAGCGCGGCGGGAGCGUCAACAUCCUUAACUGGGCCAACAUCGGAGUGGGCUACACCCCACACAACAUCAAGGCUCGCGACGCUAUCAACAGCAUCCCGCCAUCCCCCAUUAACGGUAACAAGGCGGUGUUGAUCUUCGACGACCGGUUACCCAAAGCGCUGGCUUCCCACCAUCAGAAGAACAUGGUGAUUGCGGCCAACAGCUCCACAGAUCCCGAUGACCAGCCUGUUGCGUACGUUGGAGGACUGGAUCUCGCGAACGACCGAUGGGACACCAUCUACCACAACAACACUGAGAUCCGUGACAGGGGCAAGAUCACGUUCCGCGAGAAGGGCUGGAUGGACGGCCACAUCCGCAUCCACGGGCCUGCAGCAAAGGACGUCGCCAACAACUUCGUGGCCCGUUGGAACUCGGACUACCUGCCGUGUCAAGGCCUGGACGACGACUUGCUCGACUUCAAGAACCCCAAGUACGAGUCCAUAGCUCCGCUUGACUACGCCAGCUCCAACACGACCGCGUCUCUGGGCAAGCAGAGCGUCCAGAUCACUCGCACGUUCAGUUGCCUGUACGAACACUACAAGGAGUUCGCUCCGCGUGGAGAGACCUCGCUGUUCCAAGCGCGUAUCAAGGCUAUCAAGAACGCCAAGAACUUCAUCUACAUCGAGGAUCAGUACUUUGUCUUGGUGCCGGAGCUUCUGGACGCGAUCAUGGAGGUCAUGCCCAAGAUCCAGCGCCUCGUUGUCAUUGCCAACCCGCAGACUAGCCCCUUCACGAACGCAGGAUACAUCAAGUACUUCUACGAAAGUGUCGAGCCUAUCCGAUCCAAGUACCCGAACAAGUUUAAAGUGUACACGACCAAGGCUGAGCGCGACAUCCUGAUCCACACGAAGCUAGUGAUCAUCGACGACGUGUACCUGUCCAUCGGCUCGGCCAACUGGAACCGUCGCAGUAUGACGUCCGAUUCCGAGCUCAACGCUGAUGUGGUGGACGGCGAGACGGUCAAGUCCCCUGAGGGGGUCACUGUGGGCAAGCUGCCGCGCAACUUCCGUAUCCGCAAGUUCCAGGAGAUGACGGGGCUCAGCUACAAGAAGCUGAACGCCAUGACGUUUGUCGAGGCUGCGGACCAACUGCCAAUCGCUGUCGCCGACGAGUCGUCCAUCCUGGACAACAACAACAUCCAGCACAAGGCCUACUUCGUCGUCAUCAUGAACUCCAUGCGAAAGGUCUCAGACCCACAGGAAGAAUCCUGUACAUACAGCGGUAGCGGUAGCACUAAAGAAACGGAGUAA